AUGGCGCAAUCACUGGAGCUUUUGUUAAUUCAGUUCUUGAUGCCGGACAACGACGCUCGCCGGCAAGCGGAGGACCAAAUUAAACGGUUGGCGAAGGACCCGCAGGUGGUUCCAGCCUUAAUUCACCAUCUCCGCACUGCUAAAACUCCGAACGUCCGGCAACUCGCGGCGGUGCUCCUCCGCAAGAAGAUCACGGCCACUGGGCAAAGCUCUCCCUCCAGCUCCGCCAGCUCGUCAAGCAGUCUCUCAUUGAAAGCAUCACCAUGGAACACAGUUCACCAGUUAGGCGGGCAAGCGCAAAUGUGUCAGAGUGCACAAGAAGACCAUAGAGAAGCUGCAACAAUCAAACAAAUGGGAUCACAGAAAACUCCAAUUGAGGCUGCAUAUGGACUCAAAAAGGAACAUGAGGCUUGA